CAAACUGACUUGUUGGGAAGGUGGCAUGUUUUUGCUAUGGAGAUUGCAUGGCUGUGUGCUUGAUUUUAUACAUCUGUCAGCAGCGAGUGUGGCUGAAAUGGAUAAAUCCUCUAAUUUGAAGGGGUGUCCACAUACUUUUGUGUGUGUAUAGGGUAUGAGACCUGGUAAAAAGCACUCACCCAUACUAUUCAUUAGAGUUAGAUGUGCCUUCAACUUAUAUAAAAUGUAUUUAAUAUUAGAUCAUUUUUUUUUAAAGAUUUGUAAAAGCAUGAGUGACCUGAAUUUGAAGUAGUUAUUUCCUCCAGUGUGAAUCUACCAGUAUAGUGGUGCCCUUGCAGGCUAGCACGCAGGACAGACCCUUUGCUUCAAUCCUUUUUCCAGUUGACAACUCUCAGUAAAUAUGCACAGCCCCCUAUUUUAUUUAUGCUGCAAGCACCGGAAUGGAGUUGGUUUAGAAUUCUACCUGAAUGGUGUUGCCUUUUAGUUUUGAUCAGACAUAACUUUACUUUAAAAUUAGUUGGAUAAAAUGUGUGCUUGGAACAAACAGGGGAAUUGAUUGCAGUGACCUUGAUGUCUAGUAGUAGUUGUUUACUAAGAAAAUAGGCCUUGCCUGCCUCUUACAGCACUGUAGUGCUGAUUUAGUAGUAGAUGCUAUAUGCAUAGUUUGAUGCUAUAUGCCCUUGAAUUGGAAAGCAAUUAUUAUUAAUAUUUUUUUAAGUUUUUCAUUUCUGAACCAUGUCCUUGAAAGUAGAUUAGAUUCUACUGGAACUGUUCAGCCAGGAUCCUCAUAAAAAUAGUUUGACGUAUUCGUCCUUGAAGCACCAUUUGAGGAUGAGCGUGUUAACUCUCUCCCUUCUCUUUAAACUGAAACCCCCCUUUUAGCUUUUGAACGCUCCAUCUGAGCCUCCCCUAAUGUAGCUCUAUCGCUCUAUUUCCUCCACACGGAGGAAUCGUGAUGUUUACACGUCUGAGUUGUGGCUCUCCUAGCCUCCCUCUGCACCACAUACGAUCUUCUCUCUGUCUUUCUCUAGCUUUCUCUCUCACUCACUAUCUCCCCCUCAGCGAAAAAGAAGCAGUUUCAAAUUAUGAGGAAGAUGCAUUACAACGAGGGCCUCAACAUCAGGAUGGCCAGGCAACUCAUAGCUAACGAAUUGGCGGAAGAAGUGGACAAGGACGAAGAGAUGAGAGACGAAACGGAGGACAUCAACGUAGACUCGCCGCAAGCAGCUCUGGAUUCCUAGAGGAGGACGUGCCACCUCUCCUGUCCCCAGCCUGUCUCGGCUUCAGACACAUUUAAGAGACACUUAGCCACACAGUGCCGGGCCAUAGAGCAGACGGACACCGCUUCACAAUCUUCCCUCAAACAACCCCUGUUCAUGCGUGUGUAUAUUUCCCAGUAACACUGAAAUGCAAAGCAUUUUGACCCUGCUGGUUGCUUCUCUUCAUUGCCAAGAGUCCCUCACAAAAAGUUGUCAUUGCCUCAAAGGAACCAGACCUCAAGGAACUGAGACCUAAAAAAUACUUAUUAUCAGUGAGGACUCCUGCCUUGCUCGCUCUCUGUCUAUCUCUUUGUCCCGGCUCCUCCUGAGCACCUGGUCGAAUGCUGUCAGAAAGAACAGCAGCACCCAUUGGAUUUCUCAUUGAAUGAAAGUGGUGGAAUUUUUUGCUGACGGUGGUAGGGAGGUAGGAGGAUUUUGGUCUCUUGAUUUUUGUCUUGUUCCUUCUGUCCCCAUACCUGUUUUUGUUUAAUUUUUAAUUUGUUUUAACUACCACCAGAACCUUCAUUGGAGAAAUCUGAAACCUUUUUUUCGCAAUUUCCUCCUCCGUUCCAAUCUUGGAUUUGGUGUUAUCUGGAAUGGAUAUAGGAACGGCAGACUGCAUUUUUAACCAGCCUACAGGGCAUCUCGAUAUCUAAGGUGACCAGCAUUCGACUCAGUCGUACACAUAUUUACGCCCACUAUAGGAUUUGGUACAGACGCAUGUGCACUGACUAAUAGGAAUAGCUAUGUUUCCAAAACGUACCAUUAUCUUAAUAUGGUGGCUAAUGUACUGACAUUGACAGCUAAACCUAUGUAUUCUCAUGCAAUAAAAUGAUAUUCAUUUAUUAUGUAUUGCCUUGAAAUGAGGUAAUUUCACACAGGACUACUGCAUUGAUACACCAGGUUUGCCAUUAUACUUAUGGAACCCAGCUGUAUUAAACAUGGCUACUAAAGCCUUGUGGCCAUCAGCACUAAUGCGACAUUUGCUCACUAAGCUAAUGAGGGAUAGCAUUGGGGAAAUGAACCCCAGAGAAGGUUUGUACUACUGAUAAGCAGGGGUGUAUUUGCUAGGAACCAAACAGCUAAAAUGGCAAGGGAUUAAUCUGCACUUGUCCAAUAACAAAAUAUUUUUGCUACAGUGUCCACUAAGGAAUACACCCCAGGAUUGUGUCCAAUACAAUAUCAAUAGGACUGGGGGUGUGUAGGUUGAACGGCGGGUUUUCUGGGAUAUGUACUGUAGUUGAUAUGAUGCUCACUGACAUUUUGUAUUAAGUGUAUGGUAUUGUAGCAUGUCCUUGAUUAGGAACAAUUAUCCCCCAUUUUCGUUUUUGCGACCUGCUACCUUGCUGAUAAAAUGAGUGAUAUCUGGGCAACCAAGACAGUUAGCUAUUGUGUAUGAUGGAUUUUGAAUCAUAGCACCUUGAUCUACAUGUGAACUUUUGAGAACCACAGUCCUCUCAUGAUGACUAAGUUUCUCUUUUCUUUUUAUAGGCACAUAAGAAAAAAUAUAUUGUUUUAAUAGGACAUGUAGAGAUGGUUUCAUCUUUUCUUCUCAGAACUAGACUUGAGCCCUUUCGUUUCACCUGUCUAAAUGGCCAUAAGAGGCUAUCCAUUGGAUUCUGUCCUUACAAUCUCAAAAGCUCACUACUGGAUCCUUUUGGAAAAUACAACACCCACAGGAAAUACUGACUGAUACACUGCAUGACUGUUCCCACUUUGUUUUUUAGAUAUUUUUUAUCAUGUCUAUGUUAAGGAAAGAUUUAUUGACAAAAACCAACAAAUUAAUUUGAGUAAUUAUCUUAACUUAUGACUAGCUUUUUGUAAAAAAACAACAACUUGUAUGAUACUAACUAUUGGUCGAUAUUACAAGGCAUAUGUGCCUAUAUAAUGUAUUUAUGUACAUGUCUAAGUGAAUAGGCUACGCUCAAUUUUACCUGUGCAGUUCAACGGCUUGGAUUCCCCUGCCUAUUUGUUGUUUAGCUGAAUUUUUACCAUGUUUUCUUGACACAUUUCAGUUGAAUGCAUUCAGUUGAACUGACUAGGUAUCCCAGCCGCUUUCCCUUUCUUUACUAGGGACAGUGGACUAAGAUUCUGUCUCACAUGAUCAUUUAUCUGUCCCCAAAUAAUGGGGACUUGUUUUUUUUUGAGCUCUUAAAUGUGCAUGUUAAUUAUAAGUGUUUUAUUUUUGUCUCACAUUAAAAUGUUGUUUUAUGGACCCAUUUGCUUUUUUUUUUUUGUCUUGUUUAAUGUGGAACUUUGGCCCUUUGUUUAUUAUUUACUCUGUUUUUGAACCAGGUACCUUUUGCAGAAAUGCCCAGUACUUUUGUGUGGCCACUAGAAAGCAGUAGUCUACAAUAAAUCUAACUUUCAUGUUGACUGUAAUAAUAUAAGGGGAACUGCUGAGUGUAAAGGUUUCUAGUUCUCUGGCUUCAUAUUUUCUAGUUUGUCAUUUGCAUAAUAACAUAUUGGCAGAUACAGCAAUUAAGGGUAGAAUACAUAUAUUUAAUUGAAAGCUAAAUAUGCACUGUGUGUGUGUGUACCACUAAUCCUCAUCACUAAUUGUUACAUUUUCUAUAUUGGCUAAAUCAAGUUGUCGUAGGAGUAGAGUACAUGCGGGGGAAAAAAAAAAAAAAAGUCCAGCCUCUAAUCCUGAAGAAAGCGUUCUCGUUGGUUGUUUCAAGUAUCACUCACGUGCGUUUUUCAUGGACCGGUAAGCAGUAGCACUUGUCUUGACACGAUUAUAUAAUAUGUUGAUUCAGUUUGUACUGUUUUGUGUGAAAGGAGCCAGUGGGAGGCGUUUCUAUCACCUAGCUAUUGAAGUGUUUUUCAUUUUUUAAAUUUUGAAUUAGACCAAAAAUGGAAUAUUUUAGUCAAACGUUUUAUAUUUAAGUAUUUAUUUUACUUGUUUAUGGUUACAUUUGUCGCGAGCCAAUUAUUAGCUAGCCAGCCAUACAGGCUAGAUAGCCGAGGUCUUGUGUAUUGAUAGCCCAGCUAGCGUUAGCUAGUAGCCUGUAGCCAAGUCCAGGGUAUACAGCAACUGCUUUUAACCCCUGUUUUUACUUGUUAAAGAAAAUGAAGAUAACGGUGGAAUUCGAGGAAUGUCUCAAAGACUCUCCAAGAUUCAGGGCCACUGUAGAGGAGGUGGAGGGGGAUGUCGGGGAACUGGAGUCCAAACUUGACAAGCUGGUGAAGCUAUGCAUCGGGAUGAUCGAUGCCGGCAAGGCCUACAACACUGCCAAUAAACAGUUUGUCAAUGGAAUCCGCGAGCUCGCUGCAAGCUCCACCAAAGAUGACGUCAUCGAGUCCAGUCUCACAAAGUUUGCCGAGAGUCUGCAGGAGAUGAUCAACUAUCACACGAUUUUGUUUGACCAGGCCCAGCGAUCAGUCAAGACCCAGCUUCUAACUUUUGUGAAGGAGGACCUACGUAAGUUCAAAGAGUCCAAGAAGCAGUUUGACAAGGUGAGCGAGGAAAAGGAGGCGGCGCUGACUAAGAAUGCCCAGGUGCCACGCAACAAGCAGCACGAGGUGGAGGAGGCCACCAACAUCCUGACGGCCACACGCAAGUGCUUCCGCCACAUCGUCCUCGACUAUGUCCUUCAGAUCAAUGUACUCCAGUCUAAGAGAAGAUCGGAAAUCCUCAAAUCGAUGCUGUCCUUCAUGUACGCCCACCUGACCUUCUUCCACUAGGGUUACGACCUCUUCAGUGAACUACAACCUCUCAUGAAACAGCUGGGGGGACAGCUGGACCAGCUGGUGGUUGAUGCAGCCAAAGAGAAGAGGGACAUGGAGCAGAAACACUCCACCAUUCAACAGAAGGACUUCUCGAAUGACGACACCAAGCUGGAGUACAAUGUGGACGCAGACAAUGGCAUCGCAAUGGAGGGCUACCUGUUUAAGAGGGCCAGCAAUGCCUUCAAGACAUGGAACAGGCGCUGGUUCUCCAUUCAAAACAAUCAGUUAGUUUACCAGAAGAAAUUCAAGGAUAAUCCCACAGUGGUGGUGGAGGACUUGCGGCUAUGCACAGUCAAACACUGUGAGGAUAUCGAACGCCGCUUCUGCUUUGAAGUGGUGUCCCCCACCAAGAGCUGUAUGAUGCAGGCGGACUCUGAGAAGCUGAGGAAGGCCUGGAUCAAAGCUGUCCAGAACAGCAUCGCCACUGCCUUCAGGGAGCAGGGAGAGGACGCUGAGAAGCUGGACCGGAAGUCUUCCACGUCGACUGGCAGCCUGGAAUCAGGCGGCGAGCCCAAAGAGAAGUCACUAAAGGGGGAGAGUGCCCUCCAGAGGGUCAUGGUCAUUGGGGGCAAUGCCUGCUGCUGCGACUGUGGCCAGCCUGACCCUCGCUGGGCCAGCAUCAACCUGGGCAUCACCCUCUGCAUCCAGUGCUCCGGAAUACACAGGAGUCUGGGGGUCCAUUUCUCCAAGGUGCGCUCGCUCACCCUGGACUCAUGGGAACCGGAACUACUCAAGCUGAUGUGUGAGCUGGGGAACGGGGUCAUCAACCAGAUCUACGAGGCUCGGAGAGAGGAACUGGGAGCCAGGAAGCCAAGGCCAGCAGACCCCAGGCAGGAGAUCGAGGCCUACAUCAGGGCCAAGUACGUGGACAGACAUUUCGUGCUGCGCCCGUCUGACGAGGAGCUGCGCUCCAAGGUGGUGUCCCUGUCCAAGCAAGAGAAGAGGCUGAGCAGCAGUUCGGAGCACCUGCCUCCCCGGCCGCCCCCACCCACGCCCAAACUCCGGCCCGCCUCCAAUGCCUCAAGUCAGUCAGCUGCCACCAAGGGCUUGGAGGCCCGCCGUGACUCUCUCUUCUGUCCAGACGAGCUUGACUCGCUCUUCUCCUACUUUGACACCUCCGCCAAGCUUAGGAGCAUAAGAAGUGCGGACAGUGGCAUCCAGAACAGUGCUGAUGGGAGUAGGGAGAUGCUGGUCACCAUCCCCUCCACGAACAGCUUGGCUGAAGCAGAAGCUGCCGAGGCACCUCCCAUGACUAUGCCUGCCACCCUGCCCCCUCCGUCGCCCUGUAAGGAGGUGGUGAUAUUCUCGGAGCCCAAGGAGUACUCCCCGGGACUGCAGCUGUACUGGGCCUCAUGUGCCCGCAGCCUGCCUGACAUGGCCGAGGCCCUGGCCCAUGGAGAGGAGGUCAACUGGGUCAACACCGAUGACGAUAAGAGGACCCCCCUCAUCAUGGCUGUGCAGGGGGGCUCUUUAGUGACCUGUGAGUUCCUUCUCCAAAAUGCGGCCAACGUGAACCAGCAGGACGCCCAGGGCCGAGGACCACUUCACCACGCCACCAUCCUGGGUCACACUGGACAAGUGUGUUUAUUCCUGAAACGAGGAGCCAAUCAGAAAGCGGCAGACAUUGAAGAGAAAACGCCACUAUCCAUGGCAGUGGACGCUGCCAAUGCAGACAUUGUCACAUUGUUGCGAUUGGCCAAGAUGAAUGAGGAGAUGCGGGAGGCGGAGGGGCCCUACAUGCAGUCAGGAGAUGAAACCUACCAAGACAUUUUCCAGGACUUUUCCCAGAUGGCGUCAAACGACCCGGAGAAGCUGAACCGCUACCAGCAGUACGACUCGCAACAGAGGCCAUGAGGGAGGGAGAUGCUACAACUCAGGAGGACCCACUUUGAAGUGGCAGAUAGGUCUGGAAUUCUAACGGGGUGUGCUCAGCACCAGUAUCAGAAGGCCGUUUCUCCAGAACCUUAAUGUCAUCACUGAUGUUUACAGUAAAACUUUGAAGUGUGAGUCGAUGUACAGUGCACGUUGCUGGUUUGUCACUCUUCCGAUAAAAGCCCAUAAAUGUGGCACAUGCAAAGAUUGAUAGUGGGUGAUUUUAGGGGUAAAAAUGUAUUGUCAGAUUCUCCAUGUUUGACACCAGACUAGUUAUCUGUUUGUGAGGGGAUUGGGGGGUAGUCAGUAGUGUUUUUGUUUUGUUGGGGAAAAUAAGCCGUAUGUUGUUUAAGAGUAUCAUUUCAUAUUCAAUCUCAUGUUGGGAUUGAACCUGGAAGCCAGCCGCACCAAUGUGUCGGAGGAAACAAGUCAGUGUGCAUGCGCCCGGUCCGCCACACGAGUUGCUAGAGUGCGAUGGGACAUGGACAUCCCGGCCGGCCAAACCCUCCACUAACCCGGACGAUGCUGGACCAAUUGUGCGCCGCAUCUCAGUCGCAACCGGCUGCAACCCAGGUCUGUAGUGAAGCAUCUAGCACUGCCUUAGACCGCUGCGCCACUUGGGAGGCCCUGUGUUUGUCCGUUUCUGUAUGUUCAUGUUUGAGUUAAAGUACCCGCUGUUUCUGAAAUGCUCACUAUUAUAUUUCAAGCUCAAGUAUUUUUGACUCCUGCUCAUUGGAUAGCAAAAAACAACACCUACAAACAAUCAGUGUAGAUGAAGAGGAGGAGACCGGUAACCUUUUACUGUACUGGGCAAAAUCAUGGUCACCUUAAACAAGAGUAUACACCUCAUGGUUAUGGACUUUAAAAAAAUACACCUGUACCAUGUCAGAGUUUAAAAGUAUUAAAUUGUGUUUGUAUCCCAAUAUUUAACUUUAUAUACACAUCACAGAAGACUGAAAUAUAACUGUUUGAGAUACACCAGAUUUUUGUUUCGAAUUAUGAAAAUAAUUAACAUUCCACCCAUGAGGCCAAAGGUUCUUUUGGUCAUAGACUGCAGGAAAGUGCCACAGAAGGAUUUCUAAGCCUUGAGACAAGGAGCCAUUGAGGGUGAAUGGGCAAGACAAAAGAUUUAAGUGCCUUUGAAUGGGGUAUGGUAGUACUGUAGGUGCCAGGCGCACCGGAUUGAGUGUGUCAAGACCUGCAAUGCUGAUGGGUUUUUCACACACAAAUGUCCAGUGUGUAUCAGGAAUCGUCCACCAACCAACCACUGUGGGAAGCAGUGGAGUCAACAUGGGCCAGUAUCCCUGUAGAAUGCUUUCGACAACUUGUAGAGUCCAUGCCCCGAAAAAUUGAGUCUUUUCUGAGGGCAACUCAAUAUUCUGUCAAUCUUUUCGGAAUUGCAUUUACAAUACGAAGAGCUCUUCAGCCAAUUAUACCUGGUGCUAACAUGCUCACAUGCUCACACUCCGUUAUUUUAAUCGUUUUGGCAGGUAUAAUUAGGUAUAAGGUAUAAUUAGAAUGAGGAUCUGUGUCCGAUCUGAUACGGACACAGAUCCUCAUUCUAAUUAUACCUUAUACCUAAUUAUACCUGCCAAAACGAUUAAAAUAACGGAGUGUGAUCAAAUUUUCCUGACUACCUCUGGAUGUAACAUUGCUUUGACUCUCACCUGUAAAAACGCGCCCACUGAGCUUUCAUCCAACCAAUCAAUUCAUCCCUGACUGUCUGGAGGUGGUCAGGAAGAUCUGUUCUUUAAAUUGUCUAUACCUGUCUAAAAAUGUGAGCACAAUCAGAAUGUGGACAAGAUCAGGACAUGUUAUGUGCAGGUAUAAACGGGACUAUACUUAAAUACAACAUAUAGCUGUUCAUUUUCUGAAAUUGUCUUUUUAUAUUUUCUCUCCCUAUACAACUCAUAUGUAUACUAUCCAUGUAAUUAAGGACUAUAUUAUAUUAACUGCAAAUAGUGGACUGAAAACGUAUUGCUGAAUGUUGGAUUGUUUGUUUGAUUUUAUAAAUACAUUUUCCGUU